AUGGAAUCAUCAUAUCUUCAUGCAAGCAGUGCUCACGAAAGAACGGAUCUGCCAAUGAAAGAGACGACGCCGUCACCACCCGACUCCUCGGCUGGAGCGGAAAAUUCGAAAGGUCCUGCCCAGGCUCAACUUGAAAAAAGUACUGCUAUCAUUCGUGCUUGUGACGAGCAGGAUGUGAAAGCAUUAGUCUCACACGCCACAAGUAAAGGUGGCUUACUGAACGAUGACCUGAGGCAACGAGCAUGGCCAAUUCUUCUGCAAUGCACUCCACUCGCAUCAUCGCAGGACCUAAAACCUUCCCUCGACCUACCACGGCAUGCGGAUGAAGACCAAGUGCAUCUCGAUGUCAACCGUGCCUUCGUGUACUACCCUAAUGUGUCAGAGGAAGAGCUUUCGAAAAAGAAGGACCAACUUUCAGAACUCAUCACGCAAGUCCUGCGAAAUUACCCCAUGCUGUGCUAUUUUCAAGGAUAUCAUGACAUUGCCCAAGUUUUGUUGCUAGUGCUGGGUAAACACAAUGCUAGACAGGCAAUGGCCCGUGUAUCGAUAUUUCGUAUCCGGGACUACAUGCUUCCAUCGCUCAGUCCGGCGCUCAAACACCUGCAAUUGAUUCCUGCCAUUGUCAGCACUGUUGACCCUGCGUUGUGGGAGCACCUUGCAAAUAUCCAACCAUUCUUUGCCCUAGCGUCAACGCUCACGCUGUACGCGCAUGACAUUCAAGAGUACAGCGAUAUCGCUCGUCUGUUCGAUUUUCUUCUCGGCCAGGAGCCAGUGGUUGCUAUUUAUCUCUUCGCGGCCAUCAUUCUCUCUCGUAAAAAGGAGUUGAUCGAGAUUCCUGACGACGAGCCGGAAAUGCUACACUUCACGUUGUCUAAACUGCCAUGCCCGCUGAAUCUAGACGACUUGAUCUCGAGCGCAGUUGGUCUGUUUCAAGCUCAUCCUCCAGAAUCUCUGCCUUUGGGUGCAUGGAAACGAAUCCCUCAGUACAGCGUUCUCAAGACCUCCCAUGACCUUACCGCACCCCAGAGCUUUGACGAAGCAAUCCAGAUGUUUCAUCGACAGGCCCGCCAGAUCCAACGCGAGGAACGACGGAAGGAAGCGCUCGACUACGCGUGGAAGCACAGGAAGACGAUUGGAUCCGUGGCUUUGGCAGUUGUUGUUGGCGUCGUAUCAGUCUAUGUCCGCAGGAACGGUCUCGACUCGACGCUGUGGCUCUACGCUAGCCGUCUCCAGGCGAUGUUCCAGUUCUAA